UAAUAGUGGCAAACUGGUAAUAACAGUGAAAAGGAAGUAAAAGAAACUGAAGAUGGAGGGCUUGAAGGUAUGGAGGCUAUCCUCAUCCAUUGCAAGGCCUUCGAAUUUGAGGCAACUGUUUGGAUUGGGCGCUUCCCCUUCUCUAUUCCUCCGCCGCUUAAAUACCGGCGUCGCCGCCAACGCCAUCACCAACACUCGCAACCGCCGCUCUUCCACCUCAACGCCCACUUCCACUUCAGACCGUGAAGCCGUACGUGCCAUCCGCCUCAAGAAAGUGGAGCAACUGCGGAGCAAAGGUUUGGAGCCGUACGGAUAUAAGUGGGAUAGAAGUCAUAGUGCUAGGGAGCUUCAAGAGGUAUACAGGGAUCUUAGCAAUGGCGAGGAGUUGGAUGGCGCAAAUCACCAUGUUUCCAUUGCAGGCCGAAUUGUGGCUCGUAGAGCAUUUGGGAAACUUGCUUUCCUCACUUUAAGAGAUGAUUCCGGCACUAUUCAACUAUACUGUGAGAAGGAAAGGCUUUUGGAUGAUCAAUUUGAGCAGUUGAAGACACUUGUUGAUAUUGGUGAUAUAUUGGGUGCUUCUGGCUCUAUAAAGCGAACUGAGAAAGGGGAGCUUUCUGUUAAGGUGGAUUCUUUUUCAAUACUUACGAAAUCACUACUUCCGCUGCCGGACAAGUUUCAUGGUUUAACCGACAUUGAUAAGCGCUACCGUCAAAGGUAUGUUGAUAUGAUUGCAAAUCCUGAAGUAGCUGAUAUAUUCCGUAAACGAGCAAUGCAGAUCAUGAAGGAGAUACGAAAGACUGUAGAAUCUCGAGGUUUUGUUGAGGUCGAAACUCCAGUUCUACAGGGAGCAGCUGGUGGAGCUGAAGCAAGACCAUUUAUGACAUACCACAAUUCACUUGGAAGGGAUCUUUAUCUAAGAAUUGCAACGGAACUUCACUUGAAAAGAAUGCUGGUUGGAGGAUUUGAAAAGGUAUAUGAGAUUGGUAGGAUAUUCAGAAAUGAAGGCAUUUCUACACGUCAUAAUCCAGAAUUUACUACCAUAGAGAUUUAUGAAGCAUAUUCAGAUUAUCAGACUAUGAUGGACAUGGCCGAGGAAAUUGUGACCCAAUCUGCUCUUGCUGUUCAUGGAAAGCUCACUAUUGAUUACCAGGGGACUGCUAUAAAAUUACAGCGGCCAUGGCGGAGGGAAACCAUGCACAAUCUUGUCAAAGAGGUCACCGGGAUUGAUUUUACUGAAUUGGAAGACGAUCUUAAAGUUGUUAAAGACGUUGUUCUGAAGGCAAUUGGAGUUGGACUUGAUAGUAAGGACAAAUCUUCUAUUGAAGCAUGUCCUUCACUUGGCCACCUCCUUAACGAGGUUUUCGAAAUUUCUGUUGAACCAAAGCUCCUGCAGCCAACGUUUGUUUUGGACUAUCCCAUUGAAAUAUCUCCUCUUGCCAAACCACACCGAAGGCAUUCAGGUUUGACUGAGAGAUUUGAACUCUUCAUAUGCGGUCGGGAACUAGCCAAUGCAUUCUCAGAGUUAACUGAUCCUUUGGACCAGAGAGCCCGCCUGGAAGAGCAAGUGAGACAACAUAACAAGAAGAGAGCAGAAGUCAUUGCAGAUGGCACGGAAGAAGAAAAGAAUAAAAAUGACGAUUCCUUGUAUGAAGUGACUCUCGAUGAUGAUUUUCUUACUGCUUUGGAGUACGGAAUGCCUCCGGCUUCGGGAAUGGGACUUGGAAUCGAUAGGUUGGUGAUGCUUUUGACGGAUUCCGCCAGCAUCCGAGAUGUCAUUGCUUUCCCCGUUUUAAAGAUUUCGCAGUAAUGGUAGGAUGUUACUACUUGAACUAUAACUUCUUCCUUUCUAUAUAUUUAUUUUUAUUUAUUGCCCUUAUCUGAGCAUUCAAUGUAGGGUUUAUGGUGAAGAUCAUCAACAUUUUAAACGGAUUAAAGAACAUUUAUGGCUUAACUUUUGAAAUGAAAUUUUAAUUAAA